GGAGGGAGUUGUAACAGUGAGCUAGUUACUGGCUGCUGCUUCAGGCAGCAGUUGUUCUGAAUCCUGACCUGGGAGUUUACGUCUUACCCACACUGUGGGCCAUGCUGGCAGUGAAUUUUAGAGAAUGGGCCAAGAAAUGUCAUCUGUGAGCUGAAUUUAUUAGUAGGGAUGAGCUGUUUCCUGCUGGGACAAGCAAACUUCCCAACCUAUACUGGGCUGUGUGGCAUUUGCUUUGCAAACUUCCACCAAGAUGAUAGGACAUUGGUUAACUUGAUCUUGUCAAUGGAAUUGACUCCUCUUAAUCUUUUUGGGAGUUUGGGAUUUCAUUUUUCCAUACUGUUAGAAUUACUGCUUACCAAAUGUGGAGCAGCUGGCUUGGAUCACAGCUAAAAUGACAACAGUGAAGCACAGGAGAGAAGAUUCUGUGUACAGGGCUCCUCCCGUGUCCCCCUCCCUCCUUCCUCCCCAACAUGCCCAUCUGGGGAGCUAAGUAGUAGGACUGCCUAGAAGAAAGAACUUCUGUAGGUCCCACUUGCAUUCCUGGCAGUGUAAUUAAUCUCUGGGUAUGAUAUGCACAAUUUGACCAGGGCGCAGGUGGAUGUUCUCUAGGGCUUAAUAAAAUAAGCUUUUUGAAAGAAGUCACUUUAGCUCCCUGAGUCUUUAAACUCAGUUUUAGUAUCAGUUUCAGAUUUAGCCCAUGGAGUCUGCUGAGGGAGAUGAAAAGGGAGAGUCUAAAUUUUGGACUCCCAUUAGGUUUGCUCUGUGUUCCUUGCAGAGCGUUUUACAGCACAGCAUUAAAUUUCCACGUUGCCUCUAAAUAAAAUCAGCCCAUUCAGGGAGCUCAGCUCGUUCUCUUUUAAUAACAAUAAAAAUACUUAUGAUGGAGAUUCAUUUUAUCAUAGAUAAACAUCUUCAGUAGAUUUUAUACACACACACACAGACACAUACACACACAUCUAAAGGCAUGUCUUUGUGUGCAGACCUGAUCAAGAGCUGUGCUUGUUUGUGGGCUUGCCUGUCAGUAGCCAUGGUUCUUCUGGUUUAGUAGUUGCCAAGCCUGCAGAUUGGAAGUACUGGGGAGUUUUUAAAAAAUGCCCAGUUCCCACCCCUGAAUUAAGUCAGAAUCUGUGGGAGAGGAGACCAGAAAUUGGAAUGUUAAAAGACAAUUCUAACACUCAGUUGGGUUGAGGACUUUUGGGCUGGCUAUUUGAGAUGGAAAGAGUGUCUCUGCUUAAUGAAGAAAGAAAUGAGAUGUAACACCAGCUGUUUUGUUUUUAGAAUUCUGCCACCAAGGAGUCAUCAUGUCGUGCCCAUCAUCUCUCAUAGCCCCCUUUCUCUUCCUUUCUCCUCCCUAUUCUGUAGAUUAACAGUGGAGUUACAUCUUAUAAAGUCAGCUCAUGGAGGCAAACAUUGAAUACUGUAAAAAUUAUUGUUGAAAAGUGCCCUGGGAAGACACUGUGAGGCUUAGAGAGACCAACACACCAUCUCUCAGUACAUGUAGCAUAGCCAGUUUUUCCUCUGGCAUUGGAACAAAGCACUGUUUCUUUGGCAUUCCCGUGGUUUGGCAUGGAUAUCGGUGGAACGCUGGUUAAAUUGGUUUACUUUGAACCGAAGGAUAUUACAGCUGAAGAGGAACAAGAGGAAGUGGAGAACCUGAAGAGCAUCAGGAAGUAUUUGACUUCUAAUACUGCUUAUGGGAAAACCGGGAUCCGAGAUGUCCACCUGGAACUGAAAAACUUGACCAUGUGUGGGCGCAAAGGGAACCUGCACUUCAUCCGCUUUCCCAGCUGUGCUAUGCACAGGUUCAUUCAGAUGGGCAGCGAGAAGAACUUCUCCAGCCUUCACACCACUCUCUGUGCCACAGGAGGCGGGGCUUUCAAGUUCGAAGAGGACUUCAGAAUGAUUGCUGACCUACAGCUCCACAAACUGGAUGAACUGGACUGCCUGAUUCAGGGCCUGCUUUACGUUGACUCGGUCGGCUUCAAUGGCAAGCCGGAAUGUUACUAUUUUGAAAAUCCCACAAAUCCUGAAUUGUGUCAAAAAAAGCCGUACUGCCUUGAUAACCCAUACCCUAUGUUGCUGGUGAACAUGGGCUCAGGUGUGAGCAUUCUAGCAGUGUACUCCAAGGACAACUACAAAAGAGUUACAGGGACCAGUCUUGGAGGUGGAACAUUCCUAGGCCUAUGUUGCUUGCUGACUGGUUGUGAGACCUUUGAAGAAGCUCUGGAAAUGGCAGCUAAAGGCGACAGCACCAAUGUUGAUAAGCUGGUGAAGGACAUUUACGGAGGAGACUAUGAACGAUUUGGCCUUCAAGGAUCUGCUGUAGCAUCAAGCUUUGGCAACAUGAUGAGUAAGGAAAAGCGAGAUUCCAUCAGCAAGGAAGACCUCGCACGAGCCACACUGGUCACCAUCACCAACAACAUUGGCUCCAUUGCUCGGAUGUGUGCAUUGAAUGAGAAUAUUGAUAGAGUUGUGUUUGUUGGGAAUUUUCUCAGAAUCAAUAUGGUUUCCAUGAAGCUGCUAGCAUAUGCCAUGGAUUUUUGGUCCAAAGGACAGCUAAAAGCUCUGUUUUUGGAACAUGAGGGUUAUUUUGGAGCUGUUGGGGCACUGCUGGAACUGUUCAAAAUGACUGAUGACCAGUAGAGAUGAGCAGUCGACGAAGAAGAGCCUUCCAUGAGAACAGGUCCCUGAGAACUGCUGCUGGAGAAGGUGAAAGCCGCUGUGGAUGGAAGCCAAGCCAUUAUGGCAGAUGACCCUGCUGGAUUUGUAAAUAAUUGAAAAUCCUUCUAGUUGAUCUUUUACUCUUGGGGUUUGAGCUUAUGAUUCAAAACGGGGAAUACAGGAAUUUUUUCUGUAUACUGUAUUUUUUAAAAAAAACACUUGUGCAGCGUGGCCAAACUUACCAAUUGUAUGCAUUAACUUUGAAAAGUUGUAUGAUGUUUAAGAAGGACCUGAAGUGUAAGUGCUGUUUAUUUUUCUUCUGGGGUUUACUGAUCAGCGUGGUAAUUUUAACUUCAUUUAGUAAUUACUCUAGGAGAUUUGACCUUUACUUAUAUUUUUCAUGACGUUUCAUGAUUUGCUGUUGGUUUCAAAUGAAACUACAAAUCUGGCAUGUUUUACUGUGAACACUAUUUUGUUUGUUUGUUUACCUUUUUUCAUCCUGUUUUUUCUGUUCAAAUGUCUUAUGGAAAGAGAGAGUCCUUCCCGCUGUUUCUGUCUUCGGACGACUCCCCCUCCCCUCCAAUACCUUUCUUUAAUGUAAUUGUUCACGUUAAUCAAGGUGCUGACCAAUUCAAUAUAAAGUUAAGCAUGAGAUCUAAAGCUCUCCAAAGUUCCCUUGAAGAGAAAAACUCUGAAAGAGUUCAUGAAUUUAAUGAGUCUGGCAAAGGUUGAAAAUUAUAUGCAAUUUAGUCUUAUCCCUUAUGAAUAUACAGUGGGGUGGGUUUUUUUGGAUUUAUUUUAUAUUAGGUUAUAUUAAAUUGAAGUGUUCCAGGAUGAAAUGUCCUCAUCCGUGCACAGCAUAUGAAUGGCAGCAAAUCCCUGUGCAGGACGUUGGGACUUAUGGAGGAAAGUCUCCCAGUAGAUUAACUGUUCACGCUGGGAGAUUUAGGAGAAGUCAUGGGUUGAGGUGUCAGGUAGUCACAUCUAUUUGUUUUGUACAUGUAUAUGCCAAGGAGCUUUGUAACAAGGCAUCUUAAAUAAUGAAAUUUUUUCAUUUGAAAUAUUUUAAAAUGAAAACUGUAUUUCAAUCUUAGUUUCUAAAAUUAAAAAAAAAAUUAUGAUACUGAUCCAUAUAUAUAUAUUUUUUUCUUUUUGAAAGAUGUCAUUGGGACUGCUGGGUAACUUUCAGGUGAGGGUCUUGUACAAAUAUUGAAAUGCAUGAGAUCUAAUGAUUUAGAACUAAUUCAUCUUUGAGUUGAACUUAUUGUUGAAAGGGAUUUUUGAAGGGCAGAAUAUUUGCUGUAUGAUGAAUCUUUCCUUCUCUGCCUUCUGAGCACCACCUUUAAUUUCCAUAUCUUCAAGUCUUGAAGAAGUUGAUGUUAACUGAAGUAUUCACUUGUCUGGUUGAAAUAAAGCCUGUUUCUGUUGUGAUGU